AUGUCGGUGUUGCUGCUCACUGUAAGCGCUGGAUCUUCCUAUUCCUGGCGGCCCGCCAGCGGGCUUUGCAACGGGGCAACAGUCGGCUGCAUCAGCGGGUACCAGAGCAUGCGGCUGCCCAACCUGCUGGGGAAUGAGACGGUGCAGGAGGUGCUGGAGCAGGCCUCCACCUGGAUCCCGCUGGUGCAGAAGCAGUGCCACCCCGACACCAGGAAGUUCCUCUGCUCCCUCUUCGCCCCCGUCUGCAUCGACGACCUGGACGAGAUCAUCCAGCCCUGCCACUCGCUCUGCGAGGAGGUGAAGGAGAGCUGCGCCCCGGUGAUGUCCGCCUUCGGCUUCCCCUGGCCCGACAUGCUGGACUGCAGCCGCUUCCCCAAAGACAACGACCUCUGCAUCCCGCUGGCCAGCAGCGACCACAUCCUCCCGGUCACCAGGGAAGCACCCAAGGUCUGCGAUGCCUGCAAAAACAAAAAUGAAGACGAUAACGACAUCGUGGAAAACCUCUGCAAAAAUGACUUUGCCUUGAAGAUAAAAGUGAAGGAGAUUGCCUACAUCAAUGGGGAUACCAAGAUCACCCCUGAAACAAAGAGCAAAACCAUCUACAAGCUGAAUGGGCUGACGGAAAGGGAUCUGAGGAAGAUCGUGCUCUGGCUCAAAGGUGGCCUCCAGUGUACCUGUGAUGAGAUGAAUGACAUCAACGUCCCCUACUUGGUGAUGGGGCAGAAGCAAGCUGGGGAACUGGUGAUCACCUCGCUGAAGCGGUGGCAGAAAGGGCAGCGGGCUUUCAAACGGUUCUCCCGCAGCAUCCGCAAACUGCAGUGCUAG